GGACGGUAAAGUCAUUAAUAGAGCCAUUAACAGGAUUAGUCAGUACACCUACGCACUUUUCAACCUCUGAUUUUUGUGCCAGUAAAUUUCCUUGACUUCCACUAAAAUGACUGCAGAUGGCUAAAUUGUGGCAAUAUCCGAAAUUUAAAGGACUAUAGCAUUUAAAUUCACAAUCAAAAUAAGGAUAGAGAGAACAGAAGAGGCAUGAACUUGGAGUGAGGCACCUUCGCUCUGUCACAAGAAAACUGACGAAGGACUCGUUACUAAGAUCCGAGGUGAAGCUGUAGCGCCGCCUCUCUGUGGAAGCCAAAUUUGGGCGUCAGCAGGUGCAGGGCUGCGCACACUCCGAUGCUGAUGAAGAGAAAUAUCUUGUCGCUCUCGGAUCACUCUCGAGCCUCUCCUUGGCCUUUGAAUGUCCUCGUUUGGACCGAGAACCGAACUCUUAACAGUGCAAAAGGAAAUCUUGUUGGAUAAGUAGGUUUUUUCUACACCUUGGGUGUGUAAAAGGAAAUAAAAAAGAAAGUUGCAGGAACUCUAAAGGAGAUUUAGCAAAAAAAAAAAAAUGUAAUGAAUAAAAACUCACAAUCAAAUCUUAAACAAGUUGAUCAGGCUUGAUAAAUCUGAUUGGGCUGAAUUUAUUUAUCGGAUUGGUUCAUACUCUACUCAGAAGUCGCCCAUUCUUAUGCCAUCAUGUGCUGAGCACAAGGACAAAAUAGGAGUUUAGGAAACUGUGUUCAUGGUACAUUACAUGAUGGAUGACAAAAACGUCUGCAUCAUAAUCCUCACAUUAGAAAAGGGUUUAACAAGCUCUGAAACAUCAUCAGUGGGAAAUAAAAAAGCAGACUAAUGUCAUCCUGAAGGCCUUCUACAUAAAGUCUCACGGUGAAAUGUCUGCAUAAGGUCGUAUUUCCAAUGGUUCAUGUCAUUAUACAUGUAAUUAAUAAUUACCAAAACCAGAGACUGGUUACACAGUUGUGCAAUACAGAAAAGCGUGAAUUGUCAAUGGAAAAAGUUGAAAGGCAAUCAUUUAACUUCUUUACCAGGAAAGCUUAGCUUUAAAAAGACUGAGAAGCUUUGGUACAUCACACCAAACACUCUCCUGAGGAGGUGAGUUUCCACCUGUUUUAUGGAGGCAAACAUUGUUCUGUACAUUUGCUACAUUUGUGUCAUUUGCUAGUUUUCAAAAUGUUUUACUAUUAUCACUGAGAGCUUUUCUCUUUGAUUUUAAAUGAUUACCCUAAAAACGGAUCCAUCCGUCUGACAUUCAGCCCGUAAUGGAGACUGCCAUCGGUGUGCUGGUGCCCCAGUUCAAGGCGUACGCUGGUAGAGAUGGUUCCUCUGACACGCUGAGCAGGGACGAGUUUCAAAAACUGGUCAAGUCAGAGCUCUCCAGCUUCGUGAAGAAUGCUGGCGACCCUGCUGCCAUUGACCAGCUCAUGAGCUCAUUGGAUAAGAACAAUGAUGGAGAGCUAAGCUUCCUGGAGUUCUGGCAGCUGAUUGGGCAUCUUGCGAGCAAGCGUGGGGGGCUCAGCCAAUAGAGUGCCCUUAAAUACUUUUUUUUUUUAAAGUCUAAUGUGUGCUACUGAACUUUCUGUGUGCCAUGGAAGAAAAGGGAAAUCCUCCAAAAUGGAAAUCACCUCAGCCAGUUUCCUCCACUUAAGAGGCCAGUGAGUUUACUGACUGCACUAACAAAAGAAACCGUUUAAAUUUACUCAGUAAAAUUGAUUUUUGACAUUUUGCAAAGCAUUUUAGGGGUAAAUCCUUAUUGGUAUCUUGGUGUUGAAAAUAUGUAAAGCUGCCAGCUAAAACUUUUUUAAAAACAUAGCUUAAGAGUUAAUAAAACUCUAAAGAUUAA